ACAUGCUCGGAAGAAGUCGGAUAGAAAAGGACAAAGAGAAAUGACAGAGUGAGACUCUGCUACAGAGGAACACAAGAGAAAGAUCAUAUUAUCUGUUGAUCUGAAGGGCUCGAGCAGCGGGAAGAGGACGCAGGGUUCAUCUUCAACAUGGAUCUUCAUGACAAAGAAAUUCUCCCUGGAGAGAUUUUGCCUGUGGUGAUCAUCGGUAACGGCCCAUCAGGGAUCUGUCUGUCAUACCUGUUGUCAGGUUACACCCCCUACCUGUCACCUGAGGCGUCGCACCCUAACCCCCUGCUGCACAGCAAGCUGGGAGAGCAGCCUCACCUGUCGCUGCUGGAGCAGGAUUUGGAGUACCUGUGCGAGGGGCUGGAGGGGCGAUCGUCCAAUCCCGUGGCCGUGCUCUUUGAUUCGCUGCUGCUCCCCGACAGUGACUUCGGACUGGACCACACCUCUCCGCUGGAAUGGAGAUACGAGCCUGAGCGAGCCACCCCACACCUGGUGCUGGGGAAGGGUCCGCCUGGAGGAGCCUGGCAUGCCAUGGAGGGCUCCAUGCUCACGCUGAGCCUGGCUAACUGGAUGGAGCUUCCUGGACUCAAACUGAAGGACUGGAUGAGAGACAAGCGCAGAAAUGUCCGAAAUGACCGCGCCACGCCAGCAGAGAUCGCCUCCUACUACCAACACUACGUUUCCCAGAUGUCCCUGGAGCAGAGCUUCGCCUGUGGAACCACCAUCACCUCGGUAACCAGGCAGCCCAGCAACCAGGAGGGGUCGCCGUCCUACUGGAGAGUGACGGGACUGCAGCGGCGAGAGGGGGAGGAGCUGGGAGAUGGUUCCUCUGUUUCGGAGGAGGUGCCUUUUUCCCUGUUGGCCCACAAUGUGGUGCUGGCGACGGGGACGCACGACAUCCCGGCCAGGCUGGGCGUGGAGGGCGAGUCCCUGCCCUUCGUCUGCCACUCCUUCUGGGAGCUGGAGGCCGCCAUCUCUCGCGGUGAGCUCGACCAGUCUUCAGACCCGGUGCUCGUGGUGGGAGCGGGGCUCACGGCGGCCGACGCAGUGCUGGCCGCCCACCACCUCAACACGCCCGUGUACCAUGCCUUCAGACGCUCGGUCACCGACCCGGGCCUCAUCUUCAACCAGCUGCCCAAACUGCUUUACCCAGAGUACCACAAGGUUCACCAGAUGAUGAUCCAGCAGCAGCAUCAACCGAGUCCUCCACCACAGGACCACGCCCAGAACCUCCGUCACCACUCCACCCCUUCCUCUCCUUCCUCCCUCUCUCCAUCCCCCUCCUCCUACCCAGGUUACCUCAGCUUCCCGCGUCACAGGGUCGUGGAGUUCAGACCUGACCGAAAGUGCGUCCUGGAGUCAGACUCCGGCCGGCGGACGGUGGUCCAGGUCUCCAAGGCUCUGGUUCUCAUCGGCGCCCACCCCAACCUUUCCUUUCUGGACGACAACGGGCGUCCACUCGGCAUCAACCCCUCAGAGCCAAUCACAUGCCGAAGGAACCCGAUCGAGGUGGACCCGUUCACGAACAACGUGGUUGCAGCAGAGGGGCCCGGCAUGUACGCCAUGGGGCCGUUAGUUGGCGAGAACUUUGUGAGAUUCCUGAAGGGAGGCGCGCUGGCUAUCGCUAGCGACCUUGCCAAGAGACAAAGAGAGGGAGAGGGAAGAGGAGAAGGGGGUGUGGCCACAGACAGAUUAAUGGACAAAUGGGUGGACAGACAGGUGACCACACAGACAGAAGCAGAGCUCUGCGUCCGGGACUUGUAGCAGGUUUUCUUGGACUAAAAGGUCAAGCUAAGCUAACCGACUUACUCUGAUCCAAUUGAGAUGAAACUGGAACUGCUGCGAACAAAAGCCACCGGUCAUGUUUUCCAGAAACCAAACAUGCUGCUGACGUGUUGUACGGCGGGAAACAGGCAACAAGUGCUCCCUACAGCUGGACUUGGGUCUGGUAUCUUCGUAGAUCCAACGUAGAGCCGGUUUGAGGCAUCCUGAAGCAGCUUGAGAAACGCAGACAGUUGUGCUGGUAGGAUCCAACAGAACCGAACGUUAGUAAGUUGGAGAUUAAGACAGUGACGCUGUAGUGGAGGACGCGAUGGAGGAGAGACAGACGGCGCCUUUGGGUCGCUCCCGCCAAAUCACAAUGCAAGAAAGAUACACGUUUACCGCCUGGAGUCACUCUUCACCAUAACUUCAUCCCAGCAGGCCGCCAACGUCAUUAGAUGCUGAUAUUUGGUCGAAUGGAGGUUGUAACGUCGGGUGACUAGAAUUCAAUGUCAUGACAACGUCUUACGCCAAUUUGACGUAGAAUACUGACGACAGCUGACGUUGAUAUUUGGUUGCUUUUAAGUUUUAAGGGUGUUCAGUAAACAAAAUCCCACAUUUUCCAAAGUGACAUCUUUACAUGUGAAAAACCAAACGUCUGCUAAAUGUCACAGUGUCAGUUUUGUCAGUUUUUCACAACGACCCGAUUUUCAUUUUCGUUUCAGUUCUGUGCAACAAUAGAGUUGUUAAGAGUCCAACAUCUGUCUGACGUUACACUGACGUCCGCCUGCUGGGAUGUGCUGUGAUGUUUCACCUCUAAGUGACAAGAUACUGGAUUUUUCAGGAUAUUGCUUUUAAAAUGUUCGGGCUGACGCAGUCGAACAGAUGAGUUUUGUGCCUGGCUUCUAUUAUUUAUAUCCUGCAGUGGAUUUUUUCCUAUUGGUACAAAUCCAAUGACCAAUCAUAACCUGUAAAUGGGGCAUGGACAUUUUCUAACUUCUGGAUUUGACACGGAGGAAUCAGAGAGAGUUAGAUGGAAAUAAGACAGAGAGAGUAGAAGAGUAGAAGUAACGAGAAAGAGAAGAAUGAGAAAUAAAUCCAGAUAAACUUGAGUGAAGGAACGUUACAGCAUCAGCUCUGGUUUCUUAUCGCUCAGUAACUUCCAGGUUUGAGUUUAACCGUCAGCCUCACUUCUUUUUUUAUUUUAAUGUACGACGAGGAUCAUUAACAUGUUCCCACAGUUAGAAAUGUAUUUUUCUGUUAGCUGUUUAACACUACACUGUCAUACAAAGCUCAUGUCACCAAAACAACUUGGUUCGAAAUGAAUUCCUGCUUCUUUCUUUAUAUUAUUUUCUAUGUGGUUGUUUGUAUGUUAUGGGUUUGCUGUUCUGUGAAUCUGUGGUGCUCUAUUUUUCUAUGUCAGCAUGAUUUGUCAUGUAACACGCAACUCGACCUACCUGAUAUCACUGUAAAUCUCUGAUGAUUAUGAAAAGAUUUUAUACGUAUCAUAACAAAAGAGAAAAAUAUAUAUAUAUUUUUUCUAAUUCUUACUGGAAAUGUUUAAUUUGCAGCUGUUGAAACAUCAGCGUUUGGCUUCACUGUGAACAUUAAUAACAAUAACAUAAUAACAAUAGCAUUAACUGUUUUUAAAGCCCUAUUGGCAUUAGUGUAGUAUUAAUGGGUGUUAUUUCCUCAUGAAUCUACCACUUCUCUAGCUUGUAAUAAUAACAGGGCAAAUUCUGCUUUUAAAGGAAAUCACGGGAGAAAAAAGAUGUCGUGCAAAUUGAAAUCAGGUUGAUUUCAGAUGUAAUUAUAACUGUAAGAUCAAGAUGUACAAAACGUUCAUUACAGAGUUUGACACAAAUUCAUCACUUAUUGCUGUUGAAUAUUCGUCCCAAUGUAAAUAAGAUUUAAUGUCAUUCAUCCUUGGAUUGGACACAUACUGUAAAUAUUCAGUCGCGGCUAAAUUUCUGUCAGGAUUUGAGGCCAAACAGGCAAAUUGCUGCAGAUUCAGCUUUGCUGCUAGUGAAGAAAAUAUUUUAUGAUUUACAUCCAAUUUAUAUUUAGAACAAUUUUUAAAUGAUUCUGAGAAAUCUUAAUUGAAGACGUUUGCUUCGAUUUGUACCAGCACAGACUUCUGUUGAUUCUUUUCAAAAUAAGAUUCACACUUAUUUUAUUUUUUAAAUUAAUGUCAGUUAUCUUUGGAAGAAAAAUGAUGAGGUGAAGGCAAAAGCUCAAGUGCCCGACACACUGCAAUAACAGCUCCCAGUACACCUAACCUGAGGUGAUGAGUGAUGAGAAGCAGUUUGAUUUAAAAUGUUACUUGUUACAUUUCUUCUUACUGUCAAAAAAUCCCAUGAAAAAACAACUUCUAUAUUUCUUCCCUGUCUGUGACACUCAGCUCCGAGUCCACUGGUUCUUAAUGAAUCUUUAAAAACCAGUCUCAAUGUCUAAUGUAGGAUAUGGAGCAUUUUUUUUUUUGGGGGGGGGGGGACUAUUUUCAGCGGCGGAUUAAUACACGAUUGGUGUUCCAGUGAGUAUUUCCAGCAGCAGGACGGAUGUAUGUGGGAUUGAGGUAAAAUAAACUGGAGUGUUUGUUGAUGGUGAUGAAGGAACAUGUCAUCCAGUGCAAAGCUGUGUCUCGCUGAUGUGUUUUAAAAGCUUUGGACACAGUGGAGAUAUAACAAGAUAAAUCAGCCUUUGAUACACAGACAACACCUGUUAGUAGAAUCAAUUUAUUGUUGGUUUUAGUCUUUUUUGGGGGGAUUUUUUCCGACAGUAAGAAAAAUACAGACAUAUCACUCCUUUAAUGUGUUGGCAGUUUUUCUUGCUACAGUCUGUUACAUUAGAUUCAGGCUGGAUCUGCAGAUUACAGUCAAUCAGGUUUAACAUUUACUUAUAAUAUACUAACAUAUAAGAUAAACAGUUGUUUUCACUAUUAAGUUCUGAAUUACAAACUAAAAGUAAAAACAAAACAUUAUAGUCCUUACUCUACCAUAGUACUGUAUAGUAUAACUGAUGCCCAGAACUAGGGCAGCAACUAGCAAUUUUUACAUUGAUUAGUCUGCUGAUCAUUUUCUCAAUAAAUUAAUCAACUGUGAUCUAUACAAUAAAUACGCCCAUCACAAGUUUCCAAAAGAGAAUCUGAAAUCUUCAUAUUGUUUACAGUCAGUCAAAAACCAAAAGAUAUUCAGUUUAAUAUCGUACCAGAUCAUAUUUUUGUGUAAAAAAUAAUUAA